AUGGCGAUUCAGGAAAUCCCGGAUCUUGGGGGGUUCAGCCACCUAAACGAUCUCCUUUAUCUGUACUGUCAUCAUUACCACUUGUCGGUUAUCGGAGUAUCCGACAACUACCGGUCAGGCACUACUCUCGGGAAGGAGGUUUCGCCAGUAGUGAUGCAUCCGAGACCUACCGCUCGGAAAGAAACCUCCCCCUCUCGGGAAGGUUAUUUUAUCAACAGUUGGAACAACAUGCUUCAUGUUUCUGUCGGAUAUUCUGGGACCGCACUGCUGACCGUUCUCAGCCGUUCAUUAAUCAUGUCUGACACAAUUCCAGGCUCCGUUUUCGUGGGCUUUACGGCCUCCACCGGGAGCUUGUCGGAAAGCCACCGUGUCAUUGAUUGUACGUUCACGUUAGUGCCACUGCCAUUCUCUUCCCUCAACAAAGAGCUUGAAAAUGACAAAAUCAAGACCGUAUUCAUUGUCGUUACUCCCAUUUUCUUGGGUUUGUUAACUGUAGUGACUUGCCUCUUUCCAUUAGUUCUGAGAAAGCUGAAGAAGAAGAAUCAGAGGAUUAAGAAGAGGGAGGAUAUAGAAAAUCAAUUGAGGAAUGCUGCGAAUGUUCCCACCAUGUUUACGUACAAGCAGCUCUCAAAGGCUACUCAAAACUUCAGCAAGGAAAACCUGUUGGGCAGGGGUGGAUUUGGAAGUGUAUACAAAGGCAUCCUCUUGGAUCCUCCGAAGAUCAUAGCUGUCAAGAAGAUUUCGGCAACCUCAAAACAAGGUUUGUUCUACUUCCAUUUGAUUGUUGCAUGA